GACGGGAAGCCGCGGGACGGGGGGCGGGGCGGCGCGCUCCCGGAAGUGGCGCGUUACGUCGCUGUGCGUGCAGGCGGCUGCGUCGGGCUGCAGGAGAAGAUGGCGGUCUCCACAGGAGUUAAAGUUCCUCGUAAUUUUCGCUUGUUGGAAGAACUUGAAGAAGGACAAAAAGGAGUAGGCGAUGGUACGGUUAGCUGGGGCCUUGAAGAUGAUGAAGAUAUGACACUUACAAGGUGGACAGGCAUGAUUAUUGGGCCACCAAGGACAAAUUAUGAAAACAGAAUAUAUAGCCUGAAAGUAGAAUGUGGACCUAAAUACCCAGAAGCUCCUCCAUCAGUUAGAUUUGUAACCAAAAUUAAUAUGAAUGGAAUUAAUAAUUCCAGUGGAAUGGUGGAUGCACGGAGCAUACCAGUGUUAGCAAAAUGGCAAAACUCAUAUAGCAUUAAAGUUGUACUUCAAGAGCUAAGACGUCUAAUGAUGUCCAAAGAAAAUAUGAAGCUUCCACAGCCACCAGAAGGACAAACAUACAACAAUUAAUUUUAGUGGAUCUCAAACUUGUCUUAAAUCAACAGCCUUCUACUCAUGUUAAUGUCUUGAUUAAAUAUCACAAUGCAAAAUACCCACACAUUAAGUAAAAGAAUUCCAGCUGGUAAACAUGACCUGGACAUUUGUAAGAAUAUAUUUAAUAUAUGUACACCAUUAUGUUUUCAGCUUACAGGAGGAAAAAUGCAGCACCAUUUUUUUUCUCUUGUUAAGGCACUGUCAUUUAAGCAUAAACCUGGAGUACUCAAAAUAGAAUUCAGGUUUACAAGAUGAAAGCAUGGAGAGAAGAGUCAGAUGCUGUGGAAGCAUGUGUGUUUCUGAAAAGUAAAAAAAUCUCAAGAAGGAAAAACAGAAAUGGCAUGCUUUAUCCAUCUUGCUUAGCGAAAGAGCUUCAAGUUGAAAUUGUCUAAAGUAGCAGGUACAAUGAAUCUUGUCACAAAUUGUGUUAAUUUUUGAAGCGGUGUGGGUGCUGACUACUAGUAGUAUCAAAAAUAUGUUCAGGAUUGUUUUGAUACCUGUAUUUAUGAUAAAAAAAUGUCGUGGGGGAGGCCGAUGAGUAUCUGUUAAAAGCCGUUCCUGUGUGUUACAUGUAACAGACAUGGUAAAUAUUUGUUUACAGUCUUUGUUUGACAAACCAUGCAUUUAAGUGAAAUCAACAAAAAAAGGAAAUAGGUGUAUGGAUAUGUGAUUUUGAGAUUAAAGUUAGUCUUAAAAUGUAAAUAAAAUGUGGAACGUGUCCUCAGAAACCGUGCCAUUUCUAUUAUAUUGAUGUGGUAUAUGUACAGUACCUUGCUGAGGUAGCAAAAAUUGGAAUUAUUGUAGCUAUUCAUCUAUAAACACCUUUUAUUAUUACUCUAUUUUGUAUACUUCUUGUGAAUUGGAAUUUGCAGAGUAUCUCAGAGAACAAAUUACCGAAUUAGUUUAAUUUCUUCUUUGGAGAAGGAGGAAUCCUGGGUAUUAAUUAUAUUUUGAAUUUGAGUUUGCCAGAAAUACUAGUUAAAAAUGUUUGAAUUCUAGCAAUUCUUACAGAAUUAUAGACUACAGAUGAUCCAAGUACACAUUCCAUUUUUAAUUCUUUAGUUUUCUGUGACAUGUCUUCCCCUAGUGCUUUUAAUACUUACUAAUUGGGAUUAAUUGUAUCCAGUUUCACUUAAUCUCCACUUUGGCAGACGCUAAUUUUGACCUGAAAGUUCAUUUGUGUUCUGCCUUUACCGAAAUAGGCUUUACGUCACUUUUUCAUUUCAAAGCACUGGGUAUACUACUUUGUUAAAAAUACUCCCUUCUUAUGAAUUCACUGCAGAAAAUAGAAAGGUGGUCAGGUAGCAAGGACAAAUUUCUCAAAGGUGUUCUGACAUGUUUUUAUCAGUUCAUUCAAAGUUAAAGAUCUGGGCUACUUUUUCUUGAUCAAUAAUACAUAAAAGUCAGUGACAGUUUGUCUAAAGUUACUAAUUUCAACAUGGCUAUUCUUUUUCAUUAUCAAAAGAGGUUUAAAAUGCUUUCAAAUGACAGAUAGAAAAUAUAUACACACAAAUUAGUGCAUGUGUAAUUUAUUAAAGUAGGUUUGAAAUGAAUUCUUACCUUGGAAUACAUUCUUAAAAAUUUUAAAUGGUUGAAGAUGAACCUGAAUUACAAUGGCAUCAUAUGCAAGACCAUUGCCAAUGGUCUGAAUCAGUUUAACUCCUUUUCCACUUUGAGAAUGUGUCUUGUCACACAUGGGGGCUAAUAACCAUUUGAAUGCUGUUAAAUUUAUAUAGUGGUGGGCUGAGAGUCUGAGUACUUGGUCACUUGUCCUUUUCCCUUUUCCCAUAUCCACUAUUGUGAAGGGUUUCUUCUCUCAAGUAUAUGUUGUGUGAGUCAGCCCUAGAAUGUUUAUUUCCUCUGUUUUGUCUUUGGGACUGUGGAUCUCUGCAGAAAUCUGCAUGCCAAUUAGCCAGUUCCCAAAGCAGAACCCAUUUUGCAUGUCACAAUCAAGAUAUACAUGGCAAUCUAAGACACACUGGUUGAUUAUGGAAGGAGCUAAUGUAGAGCUGCUCUUAAUUACAGUAACAUUUCUAAGGCUGCAUUUUUGAAGCAAUUUUUCCUUUGUUUUCUAAAGUGGCUAAGGUUGUAGGAAUGUGUGGUAUUAAAUGAACUGUAAAAUUGCCUUUGAAACUUGUUUAAAAGGCUAGCAGUUGUGACCCUAGGGGGAUGAUCAUAUAUUAAUAAAGAUUACAAAAAUAAAAUUCUUGUCCUGUUA